AAGUCACGUUACAGGCUAACGCAGCAGUAUGUCUGCCUGACAAAAGUUUGGAGUGAAGGAACAGAGGGCUGCCGUCUUUAACGGGAACAGUACAGAGAGGAGGAGAAAGGGAGUGGCUCUACACCCCACCUGUCAGCGUCUCUUUAACUCUCUUUACGGUGGUGUUGUUGUUUUGAUGAGAUGACGUUUUCAGACUGUGAUCCUGUGGAAUGAUAUGAUGUUCAGGAAAAAAUUUUGCUCCACUGUGUUGCUGCUGAUCCUCAUGAAGAAUGUCCUCAGAGGUCAGGCCAUCAGAUGCCAUGCAUCAGAGUAUGCAGUAGGAUACCUUUGCUGCACCAAGUGUCCAGAAGGAUUUCAAGUCUUAAGACACUGCACAGAGUCUGAAAUCACUCACUGUGGGUGCCCUGAGGGAACCUUUAUGGAUCAUACACGCUGCUCUCCCUGUACAAAGUGUGAUGCAGGUUCUGGAUUGAGGAUGAAGACAUCAUGUAUGAUAAGAUCAGACUCCGUCUGUGAACCACAGGAGGGAUUUUUCUGCACACAGCCUGCAGAGCACAGUUGUCUUAAUGCACAGAGACACAGGAGCUGCACACCAGGACAGUACAUCAGUCAGAGAGGAACCUCUCUGACAGACGCUGUGUGCUCUCCCUGCUCUGCUGGAUCAUUUUCAGAUGGGACGUUUCCAUCUUGUCAGGAACACACACAAUGUGAAUCACUGAAUCUACAGCUGCUGAGACCAGGAACUGAAUCAGAUGAUGCUGAGUGUGGAGAAAAAGAUUCAGACUAGACUGGAGUGAUCAUCUGUGGAGUUAUUUUCUGGAUUUCCUAUUCAACAUUACCUUUUCUGGUGUUUAGAAGAAAUGAAGAAAUCAGGAACAUCAGGAGGUCUCAGAGGAGAAGGUGAUGAUGCUAUCUACAUAAACACUUCCAGAUGAAAGAGAUCCCCUUCUGAUCCAGCUAGAGUCUGGCUCCUCUUCUUUGCACCUUUCAGACAUUGAUCAGAUCUCUUUCUGUGUUUUUCUCCCUCCUGCUCCAGCCUCAUUUUUAAACCUGUUUGUAUUUUAAACGUGCACUUUUUUAUGCACUUUUAGUGAUGAUGAUGUAGAAGUUCCGAAAAAAUGAAGCUCACUUGAAAUACAUGCAAAAUAUAAUAUAUUUAUAAUAUUGUAAAUAAAGCUUUUGAAGUAUAAA